AUGGAAUACGCGGAGAAGCUGGAAUCGGACGUCUCCGCGGACCCUUCCUACCAGAAACCGCCGUUGUUCGGAAUUCCGGUGAACAUCAAAGAGUCGAUUUACGUGAAGCACAUGGACCGCCCGUCGGAGACCAACUCGACGUCUGUGGACCAGCUGAUCCAUCUCGGAGCGGUCCCCUUCGUCCACACAAACAUUCCCUUUGCUCUGUUGAGCUUCGGAUGCACCAAUCCCGUCUAUGGAUCCACGAACAAUCCCUAG